CACCGGCUUGCGGGAUUUAGCGGCUCCGUUGGUGCGCAAGCGCGCGUUUAGGCGUGUCUCUUUGAAAUGCAGCGGGAUUUAGUGAGUUUCCCGCUGUCUCCGGCCGUGCGGGUGAAGCUAGUGUCCGCAGGUUUCCAGACUGCUGAGGAGCUUCUAGAGGUGAAACCCUCCGAGCUCAGCAAAGAAGUUGGGAUAUCUAAAGAGGAAGCUUUAGAAACCUUGCAGAUUAUUAGAAGAGAAUGUCUCACAAGUAAACCAAGAUACGGUGGUCCAUCUGAGUCAGGAAAGAAGUGUACAGCACUGGAACUUCUUGAGCAAGAGCAUACCCAGGGCUUCAUCGUUACCUUCUGUUCAGCACUGGAUAAUAUUCUUGGAGGUGGAAUACCCUUAAUGAAAACAACAGAAAUUUGUGGUGUACCAGGUGUUGGAAAAACACAGUUAUGUAUGCAGUUGGCAGUAGAUGUGCAGAUACCAGAAUGUUUUGGAGGAGUAGCAGGUGAAGCAAUUUUUAUUGAUACAGAAGGAAGUUUUAUGGUUGAUAGAGUGGUAGACCUUGCUACUGCCUGCAUUCAGCACCUUCAUCUUAUAGCAGGCACACACAUGGAAGAAGAACACCAAAAAGCUUUGGAAGAUUUCACACUUGAAAAUAUUCUUUCCCAUAUUUAUUAUUUUCGUUGUCAUGACUAUACAGAGCUACUGGCACAAGUUUAUCUCCUUCAAGAUUUUCUUUUGGAGCACUCAAAGGUUAGACUGGUAAUAGUAGAUGGCAUUGCAUUUCCUUUUCGUCAUGACCUAGAUGAUCUAUCCCUUCGUACUCGGUUACUGAAUGGCCUAGCCCAGCAAAUGAUCAGCCUUGCCAAUAGUCACAGAUUGGCUGUACUUCUAACCAAUCAAAUGACAACAAAGAUUGAUAAAAAUCAGGCCUCGCUUGUUCCUGCAUUAGGGGAAAGUUGGGGGCAUGCUGCUACAAUACGGCUAAUUUUUCAUUGGGAACGAAAGCAAAGGUUGGCAACAUUGUUCAAGUCACCAAGCCAGAAGGAAUCCACAGUUCUCUUUCAAAUUACAUCUCAGGGAUUUAGAGAUGCUGUUGCUGCUACUGAAUGUUCACUGCAAACAGAAAGUUCGUUCGGUUCUCGGAAGCGGUCACGAGAGCCAGAGGAAGAACAGUAACCCAAAAGUAACCUCACAGUAUACUGUAUUAAUGCCAUGAAAUUCAGUAUAUUCAAGUAGUAGUUAUUUUAAAAUAGAAACACAUUGUGGCAUGAAUGAAUCAGUAUUAUAUGAAGUAAAUGGGAAAAACUGUUAAAAGACUAUGAUUAUUUGAAAAAGUUCUGAAGCAGGGUUCUGUAAUUAUAUUUUACCCUGUUUUCAGCUACAUUCAGUAGAGAUGAUAUAGGUAUUAUAUUUCACAAAUGAGGAAAAUUGAUCUCAGGUGGCCAAUCUGAACUUACUAUUCAGGCUGUUUUCCCUCCUUUCUUUGCCAAUUACCAAGAAAAUCGUAGUUAAAGAUUUUUCCCCAUAUUUUUAUUGUGUUUGUUUCUUUAAAUGUAGCUUUGGUAAUUUUUUAAAAUGAUGGAUUCUUAUUAAAAAGAGAAGCCAGCACUAUGAGUCAGUGUAUCAUGUUCAGUUUUAUUGGUAGGAUAUAACGUUUAUGUGACCAAACUGCUUUCAGUGGCGUCAGUCCUAAAAUCUAAGCCACUUGUUAAAUUUUUUAUGAUAUUUUAUAAUGUUAAAGGAAGAUACUGAAAAUGUUAUCUCAUCUAGAAGUUGUAUAGAACCUUUAUUUUCCAGAAUAUGUUGAUAAACUCAUAACUGUUUUACAUUUUGAAAUGGUGUGACCCAUUCUAGAAUUGUAGGUGUAUUGAUGUUUUCCUUUGAAUAAUCUUAAUCUACUUGAAUAAAUUAAAA